AUGCACCUCACUCAUGCCACCCGAGUGCCAUCGAUCCUCGACAUCUCCAGCAACACCCCGCCGACGCAGCGCAGCAUGCGCGGCGACAUCGUUCCCCUUGUCUUCUCUCUCACCCUCCCCUUUCUCGCCGCCGCCCGCUCUAAAAAUGCAAUUCUCCUCUCCGAAGUCCAGUCCCUCACCCUGCGUGGUCAUGGGGCCCAGACCACGCACCGUCGCCUCUCCGCCGUCCCCCAGCUAAAAUGCAUAUCCCAAAAGGACAUAUGUGCCCUCUACGACAUCGAUGUCAUGCGUUGCACCAACCAGGGCUCCUCCUACGGCAGCGAGGACAUCGAGUGGAGUUGUACCGCCAAUCUUCCCGUCGAGCUCAAGCUCGGCAGCACCGACGUUGUAUGCGAAGGAUACUCGUCGCCGAACGACCCUUACGUUCUGAAGGGGAGCUGCGGUGUCGAGUACAGGCUUCUCCUGACCGAAAGGGGGGAGGCCAGCUACCCUCACAUUGCCAAUCCGCACGGCGGGCUCUUUAGCGACGGGGAAGGCGGCACCGAUUUGUCGGCCUGGCUUUUUGUCGCCAUCUUCGUUGCCGUCCUCGGCUGGAUCAUAUACUCUGCCUGCUACGCAAACAAUCAUGCGCCGAGACGCGUCAACCGAAGAUACGGAGGAGGCUGGGGUGGUGGAGGGGGCUGGGGCGGCGGCGGCGACGACGACGGUGACCCCCCUCCGCCCUACUCGAAGCCCUAUUCUGCUGGGCAGUCUCGUUGGACUCCGGGCUUCUGGACCGGCUUGGCAGGCGGUGCUGCCGCCGGUUACAUGGCUGGGAACAGAAGCCGGGACAACGGCAGGGAACGCACCGACUACGGCGGGAACGGCUGGGGAAGCAGACAGAUCCCGUCGUCAUCCGGGCCAAGCGCCAGCGGCACUCGUCACGAGAGUACAGGGUUUGGCUCGACACGUCGCAGAUGA